AGCUUACCAAGUUACAAUAUAUGAAAACGAUAAGUGGUUUGAGAGAGCAUUUGAUCACGUGACCCGGCUAAAUCCAAAAUGGCGGAAGGCAUGAAAGCACAAGUUUCAGCUCUUUUGAGAGGAAUUGACCGGUAUAACCCGGAGAACCUUGGGACACUUGAGCGCUAUGUGGAACUACAGUGUAGGGAUAACACAUAUGACCUUGAGGCAAGUCUUGCCGUCCUAAAAUUGUACCAGUUCAACCCCAUGUAUUUCCAAACACUCGUGACGGCCCAGAUCUUACUGAAAGCUCUCACCAACCUUCCACAUACAGAUUUCAUCUUAUGUAAAUGCCUAAUAGAUGCACCUAGAUUAUCUGAGGAGCCAAUCAAUAAAGUGAUGAUGCUUCAUGGUCUCCUUGAGACAUGUUGCUUUAAGGAGUUCUGGCAGCUUGUACAGGAUAACCCAGACCUCAUUGGAGGAAUCACAGGGUUCGAGGACAACAUCAGGAAAUUUAUCUGCCACGUCAUCAGCAUAACCUACCAGACCAUACAAAGAGAUAUCCUCACAGAAAUGCUUGGUGGAAUAUCAGAUCUGCAAGUGAAGAACUGGAUCUUGAAGUAUGGCUGGAAGGACUCUAACACAGGAUUCAUCUCUGUGGCUAACCAGGAAGAAAGUGUUAAAACUAAAAAUAUUACUGAGAAAAUCACAUUCGAUAGUGUAUGUGGUAUUAUGGCUAUCAGGUGAUAAAUGAAACAAGGCAGUAUAUAGUAAAAUAUGAACAAUUUCAACAACUGACAUUCUGCUUAGUUCUGUAGGAGGUCGGGGUGACCAUAUAAAUAAACAAUAUUCUGCAAUAACCACCUUGUCAUGGGGACAUCAAAAACAUUUUUAAAUAAAUAUAACUUUACUCCACUCACUAAUUACAAGACAUAGUCAUAUGGCGAGUAGGGAGUAAUCACUGGAUUCCUGCCGCAUUUGUAUUCCACAACUAAUCAUGAUACAAUACUAUAAAAUAGUUGAAAACAGUCACCCUCCAAGACCUGAAAAUAACAAUGCUACAGACCAGAAUUGAAUUGUAGCUAUCAAAAAAUAAACAAAAUAUCUUACAUAAAAA